AUGGGUGACUGUACUCACAUGAAUAAGCACCAUCACCUUCUCCUCCGAGGCGCCUCAUCCUUAACCGUCUCCCUCUGCAAAAGAAGUGGACCAACCCACCUCCCACCAGCAAGACCGUUGUUCCCAUCCUCCGGAGCCGGCGGGACGACAACCGCCGCCGCCAUAGUAUCCAAUUUUUUCUCCCGGCAUCAUCACUCAAUCUUGACCUCACCUCACCACCACCUCCCCAAAACCGCCAGAAUGUCCACCACCACCCCCUCCCCAGUCGACCUAAUCGAACAAUCCAAACGCCUCGCCGCCUUCCAAUCCGUCACCGCCCACCUCGUCCCCUUCCCAUCCCGCACCCGCAUCGGCAUCGGCUCCGGCUCAACAGUAAUCUACGUAGUAGAAGCAAUCACCACCCUCGUCCCCCCCACCACCCUCUCCACAAUGACCUUCUACCCAACCGGCGCCCAAUCCGAACAGCUCAUCGAAUCCGCCGGUCUCAACCUCCAGUACAUCAACAAGCUCCCCCCCGGCACCCUCCUAGACGUCUGUUUCGACGGCGCAGACGAAGUAGACCCCAGCCUCAACCUCAUCAAAGGAGGCGGCGCCUGCCUCUGGCAGGAAAAAAUCGUCGCCACCAGCAGCAAGAAGUUUGUUUGCGUGGCGGACUUCAGGAAGAUGAGCCCUGCGUUGGGGACAAUGUGGAAAAAGGGGAUUCCGAUCGAGGUGCUGCCUUUGGCGGCGAACAGGGUUUUGGGAGAGCUGGAGAGGAUGGGGAGUUUGGGGCCGAAGGUUAGGCCAGGUUUGCCAGGGAAGGCGGGGGCGGUGGUGACGGAUAAUGGGAUGUGGAUUGUUGAUGCGCCGUUUAGGCCGCUCAGGGUGGAGGGGACGAGUGACAAGGAGAAGGGGGAGUGGCAGGUUGAUGAGCUGGCUGAUGCGUUGAUCAAGAUUCCGGGGGUGGCGGAGAUUGGGUUGUUUUAUGGGAAGAAUGGGAAUCAGGCGGGGGAGGGGGGCGCGCAGAAGCCGGUGGAGGCGUAUUUUGGGAUGGAGGAUGGGAGUGUGAAGGUGUUGAGCGCUUGA